AUGUCGGCAGAAAACGGACCCCCAUCCACACCUGGUCGGCCAAGGCCAAGCUCCAUUGCUUUGCUUUUCAGGAAGUUCUGUGUUCUUGAGACCCAAGAAGACCUCGGUCAUAGUAUCACUGACUCCGAGUCGCUGGAAAGUGAAACAGACGCAGCCAUGAGUGUCAUCCUGUGCACAGCGGGGUAUGACCAUACGAUUCGCUUUUGGGAGGCGCUCUCCGGCAUUUGCUCGCGUACCAUUCAGCACCCCGACUCGCAGGUCAAUCGUCUUUGCAUUACCCCGGACAAGCGGUUCCUGGCCGCUGCUGGUCACAACAAUGUCAAGCUUUUUGAUAUUAAAUCGACCAACCCCAAUCCCGUCAUCACAUUUGAGGGUCAUACCAACAAUAUCACCGGUGUCGCAUUCCACUGUGAAGGAAAGUGGAUGGUCACUAGUUCCGAAGAUGGAACUGUGAAAGUGUGGGAUACUCGAACUGGAAGUCUGCAGCGCAACUACGUCCAUAAAGCUCCGGUCAACGAUGUGGUGAUCCACCCGAACCAGGGUGAACUUAUCAGUGGUGACCACGCUGGUAUGGUUCGCGUUUGGGACUUGGGAGAGAGUGUCUGCACCCACCAAUUGAUUCCAGAAGAAGACACUGCGGUUCUCAGCGUCAGUGUGGCCAGUGAUGGGUCUCUUCUUUGCGCUGGAAACAAGAAGGGCAAUGUUUACCUCUGGCGUAUGGUUCAGACUGAUGAAACUACACGUAUCAUCCCAGUUUGUACUUUCCAGGCGCACACCAAUUACCUCACUCGUGUCCUUCUAUCCCCCGACGUCAAGCAUCUUGCCACAUGCUCCGCAGACCACACUGCUAAAGUCUGGAACCUCGAUGCCGACUAUGGUCCUGCCAAGGUUGCUCUCAAGCAGUGGAAAGAACAGGAGGCAUUGAAGCCACCUGUCGAGACACCAACAGAGGAACCAGUCGCCCCUGCUGAAGCGCCCGCCAAAUCGAGCGAUCUGCUUCGCAUCUUCGGGACACCUGCCCAGGAUCGUGAUCUUUUGCGCAUCACCGAUAACCCGCCUCGUCAGGACACACCGCAGCAGACAUUUACCUCAUCUCCCGAUGGCCCUCCCAUGGAUCCAGUGAACCACACGCUGUUCUUGGAGACUACGCUCGCCACUCACCAGCGCUGGGUGUGGGACUGCGCCUUUUCCGCCGAUUCCGCGUACCUGGUGACUGUAUCUAGCGACCACUAUGCGCGUCUGUGGGAGCUCAGCUCUGGGGUUGUCAUUCGUCAAUACAGUGGUCACCACCGUGGUGCCAUCUGUGUUGCGUUGAACGACUACUCCGAGCCUCGCUAA